CAUUCUCCGCGAUUCAGCUCCCGCUGGACCUUUUUACAGCAACGGCCUUGCCCUAGAUCUUCCGUAGACCUAGGUGUUAAACCCAAGUAAUAUGAAAAGGGGCAAACCUCUGAACAUUCAGGGGUUUUUAGUGUAACAGUAAUGAAAUUUCAUUAGGCCGACCAAAGCUGCCGGUACUUUGGUUACGGUAAAGAUGAAGCGAAAGAAAUGGAAGGAGGCUGAGGAGGAAACCCUAAUCAGCGCCUAUUCGGAGCUUGUCUCCUCCUGCGGUAAAAUCUCGCAGCUGCGGACGCGUGAGAAGAAAUUCCAGCCCAUUGCUGAUCGUGUCAACUCGCUUCAUCAUCUCUGCGACGCCACCGCCUUCCCCUUCCGCUGGUCAUGGAGGGACGUCUCUAUCAAGAUCCAGAACAUGCGUCAUCAGUACAUCGGCGUCAAGCUCAAGCUUUCUUCAUCCUCCGCAGCCGAAGGUCCUGAUUUGGAUCACUGCCUCCAACUCUGGCCGAACUUCCUCCGCUACAAGGCCGUCUUCGGCGACAUAGACCCCCAUCCAUCCGCUUCCUCAUCCUCCUCAGCUUCAGCCUACGCCUCAGCUGCCUCCGACGACGGUAAAAUUGAAAACUUGGGUAAGAUGGUGGCGGAGCUUGGGGUGGUGCUGGUGGGGCGAGAGGAGAGUCGGAGAGAGAGAGAGGGCUGUGAUAGGGAGUGCCGGCGUCAACGUGGGAGUGAAAUGCAGGCAUUGGCAGCGAUGGUUGUGUCAGAUGAAGAGGAGGAGCGUAGGCAGCGUUGGAGACGCAGGGAGGAGAGGAGGGAAGAGGAAGAGAUGGAGUGGAGGGAGAGGAUGCUGGGAAUGCAGAUGGAGCAUGAGAAGCAGGUCAUGCAGAUGCAUGCCGAAGCAUGCCAGGCUCAGAUGCAGAUGCUCAGUAUCCUUGUCCGCUUUGUUUGCCAGUUUCUUAGCCCCACGGCGAGCUCUGGUGCUGGAGGGAGUGAUGGUGGGAUUAAUGGCUUACAGCAUCAUGUGAUGCACAACUUGCAGCACCAACAGCAGCAAUCUCCAGGAAGCUUAGUGGUUGAUAAUGUUAAAAAUGAUGUGCCUUCUGGAGAAGACUAUUUAUAGUUUCUCGUUAUUGUAAGUAAUUUUUUUUUCCAUUUUUUUCUGGUAAAAUUGAGCGAAUUUUUUCAAAAACACGCGGUGGAAAGACUAAAUUCUUAACCGACAAAUUAAAGUAGCUUGCAUCCAGUUCAAAAAAUUGCAUCCAGAGUUUCAAUCAUAAUUUAAAGUGGUAUAAUAAAAUGUACAAGAUAAUUUUCCUUAAUCAUAACAGCACUCAAAACCA